AUGGGGGAUAACUACAAAAUUGAUGCAAGCUAGUAUUUCAAGAAUAUUGAACCAGCUCAGGUCUCCAAUGUCUUGAAAAACUUUUAUCAAGAACUUGCAGACGGCAGAAGAAGAUUCAAGGACAUAUUAAUGAAGAAAUAUCAUAAUAUACUCUAAUGCAAGGAUAACUUCCAAGAGAUGAUAGAUGCCUGUGAUAAAGCACAAUCCAACAUAUCUGUGAUGCAUGAGACUAUGAACAGCUUAAACUUCGACUAUCUAGGACAGAUCUAAUAAAAGAUCUUGGAUAUUGAUACUAGAAACACCUAGCUCGAACAUAGGGUUCCAUAAGAAGAAUAAUCAAUUUAGGUCUCUGGAAAUUAACAGCUGCAGAUCCUAAUAUGCUAGCUCAGCGAAUGUGAACUAAAAAAUUAAGUGGAUAAUAAUUUGAGAGAAAAAAUAAGAUAUUUAGAGUAAAGAUUACUUAGAAUAGGCCUAAUAGAUGUAGUCAAUAAAUAUCUUGAUGAAGGAGAUUAAGUAUAGUAAAUUGAAGGAAGAUAAUCUAUUGAAUUUACUUUAGAAUCUCUAUUCUUUACUGUUGUUUACUUCUAUAAAAAUAGCUAGUUAUAUCAGCAUUUGAUGUAAUUCAUUAGAAGAAGUUUUAAGAUAAGCAUUAAAGAUCACAUUUACAGUGAAUCAAUGGAUAGUUUAUAUAGUUUUAUCGUACAUCUGACUUUUGAAAUCUUGAAUCUUAAGCUACAAAGAUCAAUUGCUAAUGUCUAGAAUUAAGAUUAAAACUAACUAGAUUUUGAUUAAAUACUUAGACUCAUUAAUGAUUACAUCAUAGUUCUUCAAUUCCUAUCAGUUAAAGUUAUCAAGAAAGAAAAUUAAGAAUCAUAAAGUCAUAGAUUAAGAGCAAAAUUUAUAUAGGUAACUUUGAGUCAAUUGGAUAAUAUCCAAAAUAGAGGGAUUAAUGAAAAAAUAUAAAAUUCCUCAAACAGCAACCUAGUAAGAGCGCUUACCUUUGAGUUGACUUUUGAUUAAGCUGAUUUUGACAAGAUUCUUUAAGAAAGAAUUGAAAGUUUCUUGGAGACUUUGUAAAACUAAAUCAAGCAAUAAAUGCUUAAAAGCUUUAACAAUGCUAAUAGCCAGACGACUACUUCAAAUCUCUUUAAAAAUGUAAAAUCCAUUAUCAAAGUGCUUUAACAACUAGAUGAAUCAAUAAAAUAGAAAAGCAAUAAGCAGAAAAUACUCUCUGUAACUUGCUAGAAAAUACAUUCCUAGCUUCUAGACACUCUUUUAACUCUACUAACAAACCAUCUAAAAUCCUAUGAAGAUAUUUUGAAUGAAGUAGCAAAAAUCAUUCAAGAUAAUGAGCAUUUAGAAAAAUUAGAUGUCAAAUAAGGUGGUUUAGUAAAAGGUAAGAAUUUAUCAAUCUUAAACUAAAGAUUUAAGAGAAGAGGUCUAUCAUGUCUUCAUUGUCAGUCACUUUGA